AUGGUUGGGCGAGGGACUGUCCAGCUCCUCUUCUUGUGUCUAACGCCAGCUCUGCUGGAGGCCGUGCGGAUCAGUGCAAAGGGCCAGCAGGUGCUGUACCUGGCCCAGGGGGACUCUGUGAGGCUGGGCUGCCCCUAUAUCCUGGAGCCUGAGGACAAUGGACCCACCAACCUGGACAUCAUAUGGACCAUGGUGAACCCUGACCAGAGGCUGCCGUUCCUGACCUACCAGGACCAGAGGAUCAGGUACGGCAGCGCCCCAGGCCUGCAGCAGAGGGUAUCAUUUGUGGCCCAGGACCCAAGCUUGUAUGAUGCCUCCAUCCACCUGGCAAACCUGCAGGUGUCAGACUCGGCCACCUAUGAGUGCAGGGUGAAGAAAGCCACUGUCGACACCCACUUGAUCACCAUUACUGUGCUCGAGAAGCCGCCCGCCCCUCGGUGCUGGAUGGACGGGGAGCCGGUCAGGGGAGGCAACCUCAUGCUUAGGUGCUGCUCUGAUGGGGGCUCCCUUCCCCUCUCCUACCAGUGGUCCAAGAUGGGAGGGGACUAUGCCAUGGGCUGGCUGCCCCCGAGAACAAUACAGGGGCAAGGCUCCGGGGACCUGAUGAUCCAGAGCCUGUCGCAGGAGCACUCCGGGACCUACUGCUGCCGCGUGACCAACAGGGUGGGUUACUCCCAGUGCAUGGUGCAAGUCUCCGUCCCUCGCACCAGCUACACAGGUUCAAGGAAUGUGGGGCUCAUUGUGGGCUCUGUCCUGGGGGCCGUUUUCCUUCUGAUCCUGGGGCUCUCGAUCCUCUGGGCCCUGCUGUGCUACUGCAGACGGAGGCAAUGCCAGCCCGUGGUGCCCAUCGAGAUCAGAGACAGUGCCUCUGCUGGCCCAUGCAGAAGUGGCCACCUGCACCCCUACCACGGCAGCGCGCAGCACGUCAGCUACACACCUUGCCAGAAGUAGUGCCCCCGGGGGCGGGGAGGAGAGCACCCCCUGCAAGCAGCGGGACUCCCUGCUACGCUCCAGCUCCAAGCAACCCAAGAAGCAAGAACCUCCCCACUGUGUGCCCAGCCCCACGGUUCCAUCCACCCUCUGCGCAGAUCCAGGGAGCUCUGACGCUGCUCCCCUUCCCCGUUCCGCCCGUGGGGAGUGAGAGAACCCCCCACCCGUGGCAUAUGCACUCCCACGGCUAGGGAGACUCCUUAAUGCACACAGACAAGGCCUAAAGCUGGUAAUACCCCCACCCGCCCACACACAGUGGGGUGAGCUGUAUCAUGACAUGUCAGGACAUGUGUCGUGACAUGAUGCACCUGGCACCAGCUGCACACAAGUAUGGAAUGUGGCAGGAGAAGGGCAGACAGCACCCAGCAGCCUGGGAACUGCCCCUCUACAGCUCAACUCCUUGUU